AUGCAAUGUAUACAAAGACAACGUAAAAGGAGUAGGUCCGAAACGUUAGUUCACGAAGCUCAUAGCAAGAGAGCAAUCCGUCACAACGCCAGUCUUCUUGGCAUGGAGGGAGAUCCAGACCUCAAGUUUCUACUGACUGGUGGGGACCUCCUCAAAGUUCGCUCUCGCUCAUGGAAGAAGACACGAUUUUACAAGCUACAGGAGGACUGCAAGACUAUGUGGCAUGAAUCACAGAAGAAACUGAGGUCCGCAAAGAACUUCACCCUUGAAGACAUUGCUGCAGUACGAGCUGGCAGGCAAACCGAAGGCCUGAGAAAGUACACAGAUGAAGCUGUGGAAGGCAGAGCCUUCUCCAUUUUGUUUAAGGGCCGUCGUAAGAAUCUGGACCUGAUUGCAAGCUCAGAGGAAGAAGCUAAGCUUUGGGUCUCAAGCCUGGAGAAGGUCAUCGGCAACAUGAACAACCUUAACCGUCAGCAGAAAUCUGAACACUGGAUCUACAAUUGUAUGCUUAAAGCUGACAAAAACCGUGACAACAAGAUGAGUCAUAAAGAGCUGAAGAGUUUCCUUCAUCACAUCAAUAUCGAAGUAGAUGAUGAUUAUGCCAAGAUGCUGUUUGAGAAAUGUGACCAAUCAAAAUGUGGAUACUUGGAUGGAAAGGAAAUAGAGCAUUUCUAUGAAAUCCUGACUCAAAGAGAAGAGAUUGAUGUCAUCUAUGCAGCGUAUGCUAAGACAAAUGGACUGAUGAGCGCUCAAAACCUGCUAGAUUUCCUUCUCAGUGAACAGAGAGAAACAGUGACCCUGAAUGAAGCCAUUAGUAUCAUAGAGAAAUGCGAGCUUGACGAAUCAGCCAAAGAGAAGAAACUGAUGACAAAAGAUGGCUUCCUAAUGUAUCUGCACAAACCAGAGAGCAUGGUCUUUAACCCUGCUCAUAAUAAAGUGUAUCAGGACAUGUCUCAGCCCCUCAAUCAUUAUUUUAUCUCCUCCUCCCAUAACACUUACUUAAUGCAGGAUCAGCUCAAAGGUCCCAGCAGCACCGAGGCCUACAUACGAGCUCUUAUGAAGAGUUGCCGCUGUGUGGAGCUUGACUGCUGGGAUGGAUCAGACAGUGAGCCGGUGAUUUACCACGGCUACACACUCACCUCCAAGAUCCUUUUCAAAGAUGCCAUCAAAGCCAUCAAGGAAUACGCCUUCAAGACAUCUGAGUACCCAGUGAUCUUGUCUCUGGAGAAUCACUGCAGUGUGGAGCAGCAGAAAUUGAUGGCCUAUCACAUGAUCUCUAUCCUGGGCAGUGCAUUGGUCACUAAGCCACUGGGUGACAAGAUGCCAACAUGCUUCCCCUCUCCUGAGGAGCUGAAGGGACGAUUCCUCAUCAAAGGGAAGAGACUGAACAAACUAGAAGCUAUUUUCUCCCCUGAGGCCCAAGGAGAGGGAGAUGAGAGUGUCACAGAGGAGGAGGAGUCCGCUGAUGAGGAGGCUGAGGACAAAAAUGAAGACAAGCCAAAGAAAUCAAAGAAGCUGAAACUGGCAAAGGAACUCUCUGACAUUGUGAUCUACUGCAAAAGUGUUCACUUCCAUGGUUUUGAAGAUGCACAAAAGAGCCUUUCCUUUUACGAAAUGUCCUCCUUCAAAGAGGGCAAAGCCGUGAAACUCGCGGAAGAGUCAGCAAAUGAUUACAUUCGUCACAAUGUGGACAAACUUAGCAGGAUCUAUCCAGCAGGGUUGAGGACAGACUCUUCUAAUUAUAACCCAGUGCCUUUAUGGAAUGGAGGCUGUCAGAUUGUGGCCCUGAACUUUCAGACUCCGUGUUCAGAGAUGGAUUUGAACCAGGGACGGUUCCUGCAGAAUGGUAUGAGUGGGUACAUCCUUAAGCCAGCAUACUUAAGGAAUGCAGAGUCAGAGUUUGACCCCAUCACCCUCACCAGAGGAGAGUGGCUGCAGCACAAAGUGCUUCACAUCAUGGUGAUCUCAGCUCAGCAGCUACCUAAAAUGAAUAAGAAGAAGUCAUCCAUUGUGGACCCCCUGGUUAGAGUGGAGAUAUUCGGUGUGCCAGCAGAUGUGUCAGAGAAAGAAACUGAACACAUUGAGAAUAAUGGGUUCAAUCCCACGUGGAACGAGAACUUCCAGUUUGACGUGUAUGUACCAGAUCUUGCACUGGUGCGCUUUGUGGUGGAGGACCACGACUCCACAUCAGACAAUGAAUUUAUUGGACAGUACACACUCCCCUUCAAGAGUCUGCAGAAUGGGUAUCGCCACGUGCCAUUACUAAACAAGAACGGAGAUAUCCUCCCAGCAGCUGGACUUUUCAUUCACAUCAUGGCCCUGGAUGCUGAAUAA